AUGGAUGCGUAUAUGGAUCAAGAUGUGAUUCUUGAAAAGAAAGCUGCCAUGGAGAUUGAGCAGAAGGUUGUUUUAACUGAGAAACAAUUGUUUGAAAUGAAAGAUCAACAGAAGGAGCAGAUAGACAAGAAGAGCCGAUUGGAUGACACUGUCAAAGAUAUGAAGAAGAACGUUUCAAAUAUUAACGAGUUGGUUAAAUUGAAGCAAAAUAAUUUGAAAAUGGAGCUAAAUAGGCAUAAGGAUUUUGUUGAGGAACAAAAGAAAAAGGUCUACAGAGUGUUUGGUAAGCGAUUAGAUGAGAUAAAGAGCCGGUUUGCAGAUUUGGCGAAGAGUUCGGUUUCUGAUGAUGAGACCGAAAGAAAUAGAAGACAACGAUUUGAGAAACUUCGAGAUGAUAAUGAACUUACGGAACGAACUCUUAAGCGGGCGAGAACGACUAUUCAAUUGAGGCUUGAAAAGCUUGAAAACGAGUUACAAUUGAAAGAAUCGAAUGAUAAUGAUGAGAUUUUGCAUCUAAGGAUAGAAUUGAACAAUAAGGAAGCGAAAAUGAGGAAAUCCAACAAAUGUUUAGAUGAAUACAAAGGUGAAGUUGAUCGAAUUCGCAAGCAAAAUCGGAUUUUGGCAACGGAAGUGGAUCAGCUCGGCGAAUUCAGAGGAUCUCUGGAUGACAAAUUCAAGGAAUUGAAGGUGAGAAGAGUGAAACUAUUAGAUGAAUUGGAUGAAACCAAGCAGAAGGUUGCUGAAUUACUCUCUGGAAGAGUUCAAACUGGUUUGAAGAAACAUAAUGAAAGUAAAAAGAAGUACUUUAGGAAUAGGAGAAGAAGGCUAUUGAUUGAAAAUUGUAUUGACAAGCAUCAGGGAAUCGUUAGGAAAAUGUAUGCAAUUUGCGAUACUCCUAUUGAAAUCAAGGGCUUCGAUGUCGUUAAUUGCGAGUUUGACAUUCAUUCAGUUUUAGAUAUUUAUCUUGAAGAUUCCCUUCAAGGGGUGUCGCAUAAAAUAGUGAUAGUGGGCGAAGGGUUAGAUCGUUAUAUCUCAAGCACAAAAGACCAUUUGUUGUGGAUGUCACAGAGAGAUAAGUACAAGCAAUGGCGAGUGGAUAUAAAAGAGAAUUGUGAUGCUACAUGUCUAAGAGUUCAACUAACCAAAGAUGAAGUUGUUCGAAAGUCUGAGGUGCAAUUCAUAUCAUUGCCGCUAACCGAAGAAGGAAUCAGACAGUUUAAAGAAGUUUAUGACGGUUUUGGAAUUGUGAAACUAAAGCACGAUAAAAACGAUAAUUUGAUUGAAAAGAUGGCCACCAAAUAA